GCGGGAGCUUCCUGGAGCUGCUCGAUUUCCUCAGGCCCCGAUUCUUUCCCUCAAGCCCGUCUGGCCGGGUCUCGACCAAUUUCCACCGUUUAAAUCUUUCGCGAUCGAAUUUCCAGUACCGGCAGUCUAAACCCACACAAUAAUACCAAUCCGGCUCUCAAGUGAAGCCUAAGGCCAACACGCGCAUUCACAUAAAGCCGCAACGCCCCCGAUCAUACCUCUCCGUUCCCUCGUCUCAAUGGUCUAGCUCUUAAACUAGCUGCACCAUGCGCCUCCACCUUGUUAUCUCGCGCCAUGGCCUCCCGGUCACGCGUAUUCUGUGGACGACGACAUCCUCAUCUUCUGCGUUGCCCGAAUAUGGCACUCACCGCCAGGCCACGGCGUCCAUGGUUGCCUCAUCGAGGACACCGAAUAUUGCCUUUGCCAAUGGGGGAUAUACGGUAGCGCAGUUGCUGGAGGAUGUGAAUGAGGUUGUUCCACUGGAAACUGAGCCUACCAUAUUCGACCCGGAGUUCAGUGGGCAGUGGGGCCUUGAGGACUAUGUGGUUGAGGUCGGCGGGUCUGAAUGUUUGCAUUUUAUGGAGGUGGAUGGGUUGCUGAGGGAUGGAGAUGAAGUUGUUAUUCGAGCGCUCCAGCUGGCUGACCUUCGUGCUCGACGGUUGUGCGGUCGUCACCAAAUUACUGGUGAUGGAAAGCAUCUCAUAGAUGGUGUGCCCUUUGGAAUGCCGUUUUACAAAAGAACCACCUCUAAUCGACCAGCGAUCACCAUUCCGCCCCGAAAGAAACGCCGGACUGUCUUCUCCGGCUGGGACCAGGGCCCAACGUUUGGGUAUGAAGAUGCGAAUGUCGGCGCACAAGCCGAGGAAGCGGGCGAUGGAGAAUGGUUGCCCCCAAACAACGCAGCUUUUGGAAAAGAGCUUUCAAUUUUGCCCCCGGAGCAUGAGCUAUCGGACAUGGGAACCGUGAUCAGACACCCUGUUAAUUACUCCGGUGACACAAACGACGAGGCAGAGUCAGAAUCUGACGGGUCCGAGGAUGAAGCCGCUGAUUCUGAGGCUGAAGCGGAUGAACUUGAAAAUGAGCUCAAGGCCCUCAAAGAGGAUUUUGAACAGCCGCCGGAAUCUCAAUUCAUUGAUAUUCGUUCUCAGGUUCCAUUAUCUACGGGACCAACACUUCGCGCCAGUUCUGUGGCUAAACGACCGUCGUCGUCGGAUACUCAAGGCCGAAGCUCUGUGGUGGGGGCAUCUUCCUUGUCUAGUAAACGCUCUCGCGGAGAGGACUCUUCGCCCAGGGCAUCAAAGGCUGUGAGAUUCAAUAAGAGCGAACAGAACAAAGAGGACAUUCCCGGACUUCCUGACUCUGACUUUCUGCGGGAAUCAUUGCCUUCGUCGGUGACCAGCGAUUCGAGCUCGGAAUCUGAGGAUGAGGAUGAGGACGAAGAUGAUGAUGAGGACUCGUCAGAGGAGGACGCGUCUACUUCUACAUCUUCUGACUCGGAUGACUCGAGCUCGAGCUCAAGCUCGGAGGAGGAUACGUCCGAGUCUGAAGACGAGGAAGUCGAUCUGCCUCUUCCGAAGACAAUUCAGCCCGUUAUUGUCAACCCUCCCGGCGAAGGAUCUACCAGGACAAAGAAAAGCAACCAGCGCUUCAAGCUCCGGCGCAGAUUGUCCAAGUUGAAAGAGCUAGGGAUUCUGCCUGAUGAAGCCGAUUUUGCCGCCCUUCGCAUAUGGGAAGAGCAGAAUGGAGGUUGGCAUGUACCUGACGAGACAAGCAUAAUGUCUUCUGCGACUACCAAGGCACAAAAGAAGGAGGAGGAACAGCGCGAGUUCCAAGUUAAACGAGAGAAGCUGCUCCGGGCUCUGGCUAGUGGCGGUGUUGACAUUGACGAGACCUCUGAGAAGGAAAACAUGCCUCCUUCGCAGCCUGCUGUUGUGGAACUAGAGACCUCUAAAGAGAGUGUUACGAAACAAGGGGCCGAGACAGAGCUGUCCACUCGGCGCACUCUCGAUAUUGCGAGCUCAAGGCGACUGUUGUUCGGAUCUCUGGGAGUCCGCACGCCACGGACCAAAGAGGAUGAAGAAGCUACACGGAGAAAGCUAGCUGCCAAGGCCGGUGCAGCCCAUUCUCGGAAAGCGGUAGAACCGACGCCAGCCGAAGAAAUAGAAGAAGAGAGCGACGAGGACCAUGACUGGCAAAAUAAGCUAGUCAUCAAAGCUACCGAGUGUAUAUAUGAUGAUAUCGAGCUGAGUGCCCCGCCAUUUCCUUUUGAGCAGCGUUGGGACGAGGAUGCAGACGCGCUCAUCCGGCAGCGCAAGGGCUGGGGCAAGAAGCGGAAGCGCAAGCAGAGAAUCCAGGUCUACAAUGGAGAGGAAGACGGCGAGUAUGAGGAUGGCAAUGGCUAUGGCUACGAUGCCUACGAAGACAACAUGCAGCUCAAUUACGAUAACGAAUGGCCGACAGCCGAGGAUGAUGCCACGAAUAUGGAAAGUCAUCAGGAGAACGCUGAAGCUACUGCAUACGACGAUCUUCCUCCUAUGUCGAGUGACCCCAGCUCUGUUGCGGAUCUACUUGAACGUGACGCAAAAGUCGGAGCAAUCAUCGCUUUCCGCCAGCUGGACAUGUCCAAAGCGACAAAUUGGCAGCCUCAAAUGUCGGAGUAUCGCGUUGCCGAGGUCCAUCAAGUUCUCGACAAUGGCAAUCUCAAUGUUCGUCUUGCCGUGCGUGACCGACGACCCAAGGCAGAUGAAAUUAACCCCGACGAUGACGAACCUCGUGAGUAUAGCGGUUUCGAGAUGCCCGGCAUGGACGACGAUGAAGACGACGACGGCUACCGCGAGGUCGCAUUUACGGAACUCAGUGAUCCCAAGCUGCUUCUGCCUGCACCCGGGGUUAGCCACGACGCGGCGGACGAGAACGAUACAAAGGACAAGAACAAGAACAACGCCCGAGAAGGUAGCACUGUCUCUGUAGUCGAGGACUCUAUGCCGAACCCCCCGCCGAGUUCGCCACCUCCACCUAUCGACAUGGAUCUAGAUGAAACUACCUUCGUCACCCUUGUCACUGCUGCCAGUCGUCCACAGUCACCGAAUGAGUCUCCUGCAAGAGCUUCUGAAAUCCUAUCUACUCGGACUCCCGGUGGUACGCGAAUUCUGAUCACACGGAGCGGAGAUGCGGAUGAUGAGCAUAGCGACACUCCUGCCGUUCCUUCGCCGUCUUUCUCUGGAUUUCAUUCUGCGCGGUCUUCUCCGGGAGCGAGGCUAGGGCCUCGCUUCCAUGAAAGCGGAGACUCUAAUCUGGAUGGCCACACCCUCAUCGAUGAUCAGUCGAUGCUGGUAGUGGACCAGUCACAUCAAGAGAUGUCGACAAUGUCAUUUUUGUCUGCCAACCAGUCAUUUUCCGAUUUCCAACAAGACAGUACCACCCUGCAAGAUCGUCAGGUCGUGGAUGAUACACUUGUCUCUGGAGGCAAUGAUUCGCUUCUAUCCGUGGUUCACAAUCCAACCGAACGCGCCUCGACAAAGUCAUCACCUGUUCGCAGCGCGGUCUCAGCCAGUCCUAAAAACACACAAGAGAAAGAGUCGGCAAAACCGAGGUCUUCCCUGGGAGGCGGCUUUCUAAACCUCUCAGAAAGUGUCUGGCUAGACGCAGACAACACAGAUCAAGAAAAAGACGAAGUGGACGAUGAUCUCUAUGACCCAGAAGACCACGACAGCGUGAUCCAUAGCAACCAAAGCCGCCAUCUCUCCCCACAACCGUCUCCCAAACCCCCAACGAGCGCACAACUAGAACCGCACUCUUCGCCAAACCUCAACGCAGACUCUCUAUUCCAGUACGACGACUCGCCCGCGGCCUCGACCCGCUCCAAGCGUCACGCUCCCACCUCAGCUUCACAUCCGAGUUUCUCACAAACCUCUGAAAUCAUCGAUCUCACUCAGAGUCCAUUCUCAAAAUCUAGCCCGGAACCGCUCGCUUCGCAGAGUAACCGGGCCGGGUCAGCGCCCAAGGCGAGCGGCAGCUCUGAUAUCUCGUCUUUGGGUAAAAGGACCCACGCAUCAAUGGGCAAUAUCCAAGAAAUGUCAGAGGUCAUAGUGAGCCCUCAGCCGAGUCAGAAGAAGUUGAAGAAAAAGAAGAAGAAGCGAUUCCCGGGGACUUUUUAAAAUGGCACUAAUGGAACCGUUCUCGGUGAAUUUUUUCUAACUUGUCUCUCUUUGAUCGAUGAUCAAGAGCAAGUACUUUGUAUCUACUUUCUUUUAUUACCCACAACUUUUCGUUUUUCUCCUUGUAUCUAUCAGAUAGGCGUCAUGGCCGUGGAUAUCCAACAUGAAUACAAUCCUUCAUCCUCAAGUCCUCCCUCAUUCGAUUCCGUUUUCAUCACAAAUUGGUCUCUUUGGAUUGGGGCCCCUUGGCCAUGGUUGCUGCAAAGAGGACGGUGUCACUUCGGAUGGCCA